UCUAAGCGAGGGAAGGUGGUUUUCCGGGUUUGUGGAGCAGAAAUUUGUGUUUGCGGAGUUUUUGUUCGGACCACUCUAGAUUAAACGGGCUGUUUAAGAACCUUCUUACCAUCGCAGCAACCAGACUGGAGGACACGGGUUCGAAUCCCACGAGAUGUGAAGAUGUGUGCGGGAUGGAGGACACCGUGGGCUCUGCUCGUACUGGUCACCGCGGGGUGGACCGGGGUUGUACGGGGGUACCCCGACGGGUCGCCCGGGAACUUCUGUAACCGGGUCCCGAGCGGACACGGAGCGGCCAAACAUCGAGGGGACAACGGCUUCGCCAUCAAGGUAGAGGGGCAGCCGGAGAGCUACGUACCGGGAGAGGUCUAUACAGUGUUGAUCACCAGCACUAGCCCAGUGCAGUUCCGUGGGUUUAUGCUGGUGUCCACAGCUCAAGAAGAUGAGACCAAACCACUUGGAACUUUCCAGCUGGUUGAUCAAGAAGAGACGAAGAUGACAGCUGGCUGUCCGACUGCCGUCACGCACAAACGCAGCGGACUGAAACAGCGCGUGGAGUUCCUGUGGGUCGCGCCCGAGGAGGGGUCAGGAUGUGUGACCUUCAGGGCUACAGUCGUGCAAAGCCGUCUCAUCUGGUUUAUGGAUGAUGGAGCAUUGGCUCUGACUCUGUGUGAAGAAAAUGAUGUUGCAGUAAUGCCGAAGAUGAAUGAAAAGAAGGAAGUAGCGAACUGUACGGCCUGUGGAGCAGGAAAGUACCGCAUGACGUUCUACGGACUGUGGUCGCAACACACUCACCCAAACGACUACCCCAAAUAUGGCACCCACUGGUCUGCUAUCAUUGGUGCAACCCACAGUAAGGACUAUACCAUUUGGGAGUACGGGGGGUACUCCACAGAGGGAGUGAAACAGGUGGCAGAGUGGGGCUCUCCAACUAAACUAGAACGGGAAAUGAAAGAACAGGGGAACAAGAUCAGGACAGUAGUGAAGACAGACCCCCAGUGGCCUGCUUACGAACCCAGGAACAUCAAGGCGCCAGUUUCCUCGGACUUCGGAGUGGACAGCGAACACCACCUGCUGUCCUUCCUCACCAUGCUGGGACCCAGUCCCGACUGGAACGUCGGACUCAGCAACUUUGACGUCUGCCAGGGCGACCAAUGGCUGGACAGGACAGAGAUGGACCUGUACCCUUGGGAUGCUGGGACAGAUUCUGGCAUCACUUACGAGUCAGCAAACUCUCCCACAAUUCCACGGGAGAAGAUCCGACCAAUCACAAGCCAGGACCCGAAGAAUCCUGCCUCCCCUUGGUACAACGCUCGAGGCAAGUCGUUCCCGCCGGUCGCGAGGAUCGUGAUUGAGCGGACAGGAAUCAUGGACAACGGCUGUCACGGGAAGACAUCUAAAGAUGAUGAAGAAGAUAUCAACAUAUUCAGCGAGGAAUUGUCCAAAUCUGAGAAGAAGGAAAGGAAGAGGAACAAGGACAGGAACCGUGGACGUGACAAGGGACACGAUCGCCACGGACAUGACCACGACAGUAGCCGCAAACUCACGAAGGGCGACCUAACCAUUUCCAUGGGAACCAUGGCAGUAAACUCGACGGCAAUAAAGAUCUGGUGGGCCCCGCCCUCUAAUGUCCACUCGAGCAUUCUGGGAUACCUGGUGUACUACCAGGAGGGACAGAAACUGCUGGGACCAAACGUUCUGGAGAUCCCAGAUGGAGAAACAACGCAAAUCGUGCUUGGUGGUCUGGAGCCUGAAUCCCCCUACACUAUCCGUGUGGUGGCCUAUACCAUGGAGCAGUCUAACAUACAGAGUGAGCCAGCAAUGGUCACUACACUACCAGACACGAGUAUGGUGGACGUGCCGUGCCUGUACAGCCCGUGGUCGGAGUGGUCAGACUGUAGCGUCCAGUGUGGGAAGGGAGUGAGGAAGAGGAACCGAGGUCUGAAGUCCCUGCCCAGCCCCAUGUGUACAGAUGAGCUGGAGCAGACAGAACAGUGCAUGGGACCCAGGCCCAGCUGUGAUGUGGAAGUACUGGAGACUCCCCCAGAGGACCUGACAGCCAUCCCGGUGGAGGGGCUGCCGACUGUGGUGCAGCUCGCCUGGCAGCCGCCAGAGGAAGCGCAGGGAACCAUCAUGGAUUACUUUGUGUUCUACAUCAAGGAGAAUUCCACAGACUGGAAGACUGUCCAGGUUCCUGGGGACCAGCUGACCUUGACCCUGACUGACCUUGUACCGGGAAGGUCGUACUACUUCCGUGUCCAGGGUAGAAAUGCCCUCGGUGUGGGACCUGUGUCAGACCCCAUCAUAUACAACCCAAAACAAGCGGCUGAGCAGCAGAGAAAAAUGCAGUCACCAGUCUGGGAACAGGACUUGUUCGGCGGAGAGAAGGACGACAAGCGGACAGACAUGGCCGUCGUGGACCUGAAUGCCGCGUACGAGUUUGAAGAUUAUGAGAUCGAUGAAGUCCAGCCCGAUCACAAACAGCACGAAAACGAUGACGAGAAGAAAGCCAUAGACUGUAUGGUGUCUGAUUGGUCAGACUGGGCCCCAUGCUCGAGGAGCUGUGGCAGAAAGGGAGGGGUGCAGCAGCGUACGAGGGAGACCAAACAGAAGCCUAAACAUGGCGGCGAGACAUGUCCCCCUCGCAAGGAGACACGCAGGUGCAAUGUCGGCAGGAAAUGUCCCAAACACUGUAAGCUGGGUAAGUGGGAUGCGUGGUCGGAGUGUACAGUGACGUGUGGGGAGGGGGUACAGAUGAGGACGCGUCCCGUGUUCAGAGAACCCAAGUAUGGCGGGCGGGAGUGCAGCUCCACGCUCCAGAAAAGGGUGUGUCUCCGAGAGGACUGCUAGACAUGUGCAACAAGUAAACAGGCGGCCACCACUGAGUCACAGAAUGCUGUACAAGUGCAAGUUUUCCCCAGACUGUAAAUAUUUGUGGACGGCCGCCAAUUUCCUCGCGAGAACCACUCCAAAUGACGCAGGACGUUAAGUCAUAUUUUGUGCAACUUGUUGCAAAGUGCAAAAUAUUCCGUUGUCUUCUUAUUAUAACAAGUAACAAAUUUAAACAGGUUUAUAUUAUACAUCACACUAUUAACUUCAUUGUUGCACUACGUAUACAUAUAUUACAUGAUAUUCAGGUUAGUUAUAUUAACCUUAACUUAUUGUUAAUAGUUCAACUUAACUGUAUUAGCCAUAGACUUUAUUGAACUUUAGAGUAUUCGUUAUAUCUUGUAUCUAUAGGGUAUCAACUAUUUUAAGUUGAUAUGCUAACAGUGCAAAACUUUUAUGUAUCAAAUUGAUAUUUGUGGCUAGAUUCUUUUUGCCUAA